UCACACUAUACUAACCAAACAUAAGAUGGAAAUCAUAUUAAUCUCUUUGUGCUUAACCACCUUCUUAGCCUUUCUCUUCCUAAAACCACUCUUCAAACGAAUCACCACCCCAAAACUUAAGUUACCACCGUCUCCAUGGCGGCUUCCGGUGAUCGGAAACCUCCACCAGCUCGGUCUCAACCCUCACCGCUCUCUCCAUUCCCUCAGCCUCCGGUAUGGGCCACUCAUGCUCCUUCAUUUCGGCCGUGUACCUGUUCUCGUGGUUUCUUGUCCUGACGUGACUAAUGACAUCAUGAAAACACACGACCUUAAGUUUGCAAACCGCCCGAAAUCAAAAGCUAUUAAUAUAUUUAUGGACGGUGGACGUGAUAUAAUCUUUGGACCCUACGGAGAAGAUUGGAAGAGUAUGAAGAGUCUGGGCGUGGUGCAUCUGCUCAACAACAAAAUGGUUAGGUCCUUUGAGAACCUAAGAGAAGAAGAGAUCAAAGUAAUGACAGAGAAGCUGGAAGAAGCAUCUUCAUCUUCUUCAUCAGUCAAUCUAAGCAAACUCCUAAUGACUCUUACCAACGAUAUCAUAUGCAGAAUCACCUUGGGAAGAAAAUAUAACAUCGAGGAAGGUGGAAUUGAUAUCAAGAACUUAGUGAUGACAUCCUCUGAGUAUUUUGGCAAAUUCUUUUUCGGAGAUUUUAUUCCUAGUUUGGCAUGGAUAGACUGGAUCAGCGGCAUAGAUGAUAAAAUGAAGGACAUAAAUAACAAGUUAGAUGUUUUUUUAGAUAGCAUGGUGCAAGAACAUGUCGAUGCCGAUCACAAAGAACCAUCAGAUUUUGUGGAUAUGUUGCUAUUGAUUCAAAAGGAUAAAACCAAACGGUUUCAGUUUGACAGAAGUGACUUAAUACUCAUCCUCAAGGAUAUGUUUUUCUCGGGAACAGCAACAACUGCCUCCCAACUAGAAUGGACAAUGACAGAGCUUAUGAGACAUCCAGAGUGUAUGAAAAAACUUCAAGAUGAGAUUAAUUCAUUUUCGACGCAUAAUUCAAAUGUAACGGAGAAAGAAGUUGAGAAAAUGAACUAUUUACAUUGCGUGAUUAAGGAGGGGCUACGCUUGCAUCCCUCUGGUCCACUAGUGUCCAGACUACCAAGUGAAGAUGUCCAACUAAAGGGAUAUGACAUUUCUGCAGGGACACAUGUUAUACUCAAUGUUUGGGCACUCCAACGAAACCCUGCGAUAUGGGGGCUUGAUGCCAAUGAAUAUAGACCGGAGAGGCAUUUUGGUACGAAUUUGGAUUUUAACGGUACUGAUUCCAAAUUCGUUCCAUUUGGAGGGGGGAGAAGACUCUGCCCCGGAAUUGGAUUUUCUUUGGCCAUGUCCAAAUUGGCACUAGCCAACCUUGUGAAACGGUUCAACUGGAGACUCGAGGUCGGACCAGCAGGAGAUGAUAAACCUGAUCUAGCUGAAGCAUCUGGUAUUGAUGUUUGCCGCAAGUUUCCUCUCAUUGUCUUUCCAUCAAUUAGUUUAUGCACUGUCCAUCUCCUCGGCAAGCAAAUGGUUAGGUCCUUUGAGAAAGUAAGACAAGAAGAGAUAAAUUCAGUGAUGGAGAAGCUUGACAAAGCAAGUUCUUCUUCUUUGCCGGUAAAUCUAAGUGAUUUACUCCUUAACAUGUCAAACGAUGUGAUAUGUAGAAUUGCUAUGGGAAGAAAAUAUAGCCGGGAGGAAAACACUAGAGAUUUUGAAAAUCAACUGAGAAAAGUCAUGGAGCUUCUAGGCUCAUUUCCAGUCGGAGAUUACAUCCCAGGUUUGGCGUGGAUAGAUAAAGUCCGCGGUUUGGACCGUAAAAUGGAGGAAGUAAGCAAAACGUUUGUGGAGUUUCUUGAAAGAGUUGUGCAAGAACAUGUAGAUGAAGGUGAGAAUAAAGAGACAUUUGAUUUUGUUGAUAUGUUGUUAAGAAUUCAAAGAGAGAAGACAAAUGGAUUCGAGCUUGAUAGAAGCGACAUCAGACUCAUUAUUUUGGAUAUUUUCCUAGGAGGAACAACAACAACUUUCACAGCCAUCGAUUGGGCAAUGACACUUCUCAUAAGACAUCCGGAAUCUAUGAAAAAACUCCAAGACGAGAUCCGAACAUAUUCGAGAAAUAAGUUAUAUGUAUCUGAAGAAGAAGUCAAGAAUAUGAAAUACUUAAAAGCUGUGAUUAAAGAAGUCCUUCGACUACAUCCUCCAGGCCCAUUGUUAAUUCCCAGACAACUUAGUGAAGAUGUCAAACUCAAGGGAUAUGAUAUUGUGGCUGGCACAAUGGUAUUCAUCAACGCUUGGGCCAUUCAUCGAGAUAUCGCAAAAUGGGGACAAGAUGCAGAAGAGUUUAAGCCAGAGAGGCAUUUGAAUCUACCACUGAAUUUUCAAGGACAAGAUUUCAACUUCAUUCCAUUCGGAUCGGGAAGAAGGUUAUGUCCUGCCAUAGAUUUUGCAACAACGUUAAUUGAGGUGGCAUUAGCAAACUUUGUGUACCGGUUUAAUUGGAGAGUCGAGAGUAGACCACUUGGAGAUGAUGAUGAGUACUAUCUAGCUGAAACAACCGGUAUUGAAGUUUGCCGCAAGUUCCCUUUAAUUGCCUUUCCAUCUUUCGCUUCAUUCACAAUUUAGUGUACAACGUCUCGCUACAAUUCAUUAAACGUACUUUUGAUCCCCUAAAAAAUAAAUGUGUUUUGUCAUC